AUGAGCGCCUUGUGCUGGGGAGACGCCGCACGCAUUCAAAAGCUCAAACAGACGCUGAGCACCGACAGUGGCGCUGCUACUUCUGCUGCUGUUGCUGGCUGUGACCUGCAGAAGAAGGAGAGCGACACGUGCUCGAGAGGCCGCACGAGCUGUUCCAGCAGCAGCAGCCACGACGAGAUGUGGGACGACGACGACGACGACGCGUCGACCAUCGGCUCGAACUGCAGCAGCCGCAGCGACGACGGCAGCUCCGCGUCGUCCGUCUCGACGCCUGUGACCAGUCCCCUGUCGGGCUACACGCCGCACGAGCUGCUGGAGCCGCUGCCACCUGCAUUGGGAGCGCUGUGGCCGGACAAGAAGCGCGCGCGCACGAACCCAUCGAAGCAGUUGUCGUCGCUGCCCACAACAGCUCCCACAGCGGCCGCACCAAAGCACUUGCAGACGCUGCCGUUGGCACCGCUCGGGCCGCGUCGCGUCGUGCCGAUCGUCGGGCCGCUGGAGCUUUUGCCGCCUUCAGAGUACGACGUGCGGAGCACGAACGGCCUCUUGAAGUGCGUCAAUGCCCUUGCGCCGCUGCCGACGGUCGACCAGCUCGCGGUCAAGCACCUGGUGCUUCACGAGCUCCAGCGCACAGUGGACCUCUGGCUGCGCCGCACGCUCGACGAGCUGCCGGCCGCUACGUGGACUCGGACGACGACGACGACGACCGCGACGCUGCUGGUGGGCGGCAGUUGGCACUUGAAAGUGGGCGUCGCGGACUCGGACUUGGACGUGGUGGCGCUCCUGCCGCACGUCGUGACGGCCGACGUGUUCUUCCGUUCGCUCUGCGCCCACCUCGCGCGGAACGCGGCCGUGUCGCGGCUCGUGGCCCGACGCCACGCGGCAGUGCCCGUGCUGUCGUUCGAGCUCAGCGCCGUGCGCGUGGACCUGCUCUUCGCCCGGUUCGCGCCCGCGCAGCCCGUGCCGACGCACCUCUCGUGCCUCACGGCCGACGACGCGCAGCUCACGCGCGGCAUGGACACGGCGUCCGUGCGGUCGCUGUCGGUCGCGCGCGUCGCGUCGCUCGUGCUCGAGCUCGUGCCGAACGCCAGCACGUUCCGCUCGUGCCUGCGCGUCGUGCGGCUCUGGGCCGCACGGCGCGGCCUCUACUCGAAUAAGGCGGGCUUUCUCGGCGGCAUCUCGUGGGCGCUGCUCGUGUGCUUUGUGUGCCAACUGUUCCCGCGCGCGAGCGUCGCAGCGCUCGUGCACCGCUUCUUUUCCGUGUUGGCGGCGUGGCAGUGGCCGACGCCCGUAAUGGUCGCGCGGCCGUCGCGGGGCGACCACGUCGUCGAGUGGGACCCGCGCCGCAACUUGCGCGACCGCGCGCACCUCAUGCCGAUCGUCACGCCGGGCUGCCCGGCGGUCAACACGGCUGUGAACGUCAACGUGUCGACAAUGCGCGUCCUGCGCGACGAGUUUGCGCGCGGCCGACGUAUCAUGGACGACCUGCGGCGCGCGGGGUCGAGUCACCCGCUGUCGUUCUCGCAGCUCUUUACGCGGACAGAAGUGCUCGUGCGGUACGACCACUACGUGGCGAUUGAGCUGCGCGCGCCGAGCGAAGAAGCGCUGGCGGAAUGGUCGAGUUUCGUGGCCAGUCGCACGCGCAAGUUGGUGGAGACGCUGCAGCACACGCCGUCGGUUGGGGCUCUGCAUCCGCUGCCGGAGAUGGUCCGCCCACAGCGUCUGGCGCCGGAAGAAGAAGAAGGGGGAGGCGAAGAAGGAGGAGGCGAAGCAGCAGCAGGUCAACCGGUCGUUGGCUACUACUUUAUCGGAUACACUGUGAACGCGCCGCCGAUGCCGGGGGUGCGACUGGACCACCGCAGCUGCGGCGAGCGACAGCCGAUGGUGCUACUUCCCGCUGGGUGUCGCAACGAAGAGUUUGCUCGCAGUUGCGUUGCCCCGGCGAUGCGGUACUUCCUCGCCACGGAGCUCACGAUUGCUGCCGAGAAGAAGUGCGGCAUGGAGGUCGCGAUCGCUUACGCGUCGUGGACCGACCUGCCCGAUGCCAUUUUCCCAGGCGGUCGACCCGCUGCCAUUGGCGAUCGGGCCCGGUAUAUCCUCAGCCAAGCGCACCAGACGAAUCUCGAUCUGGGCUUUGCUCGUUGA